AGGAGGCUCUUCCGGAUCCCUUUCCUUCCCUUUCGUCUGUCUCUCUCUCUCUCGCGGUUCUCUCUCUCGGACGGUGUUGGUGUUGCCCGCCCGCCCAAAGCCAAAGCCGACCCCGAGCCGAGCCUCGCGCUGGCCCUCUCUCUCUCUCUCUCUCUCUCUCUCUCUCUCUCCCCCUCCCGCACGGGCACCCACGCCUCGCCAUCCCGCUGCCCUGUCCACCGCCGCAACCUCUGCCACCCCGCCGAUCGCGGGGGACCCGGACUCCGCCGCCGCUUCGCCCUGUCCCGCUCCAGGCGCCCAAACCCUAGAUCUGGUACGGGAUCCGCCGCCUCGCCGCCAUGUUCUGGCGCAUGACCGGCCUCUCCGCGGCCUCGCCCGUGGAUACAAUUCUGGACAAGGAGAACUUUACGUUGGAAGAGCUUCUUGACGAGGAUGAAAUCAUCCAGGAGUGCAAAGCACUGAAUACUCGACUCAUAAAUUUCUUGCGAGAUAAGGCCCAAGUGCAGCAGUUGCUUCGUUACAUUGUGGAAGAAGUUCCAGAGGAAUCAGAGAAGAAACAGUCUUUCAAGUUUCCAUUUAUCGCUUGUGAGAUUUUUACUUGUGAAAUUGACAUUAUUUUGAGAACCUUGGUAGAGGAUGUUGAGCUAAUGGAUUUACUUUUCUCAUUUGUAAAACCUGACCAUCCGCAUAGUACCUUGUUAGCUGGUUACUUCAGUAAGGUGGUUAUCUGUUUGAUGCUACGGAAGACUGCUUCUCUUAUGAAUUAUGUUCAGGAGCAUCCAAAUAUUGUUGUCCAGCUUGUCGACCUCAUUGGUAUCACAUCAAUAAUGGAGGUGUUGAUGAGAUUGAUUGGUGCUGAUGAAACCAUAUACUCGAAUUUCGCGGAUACGUUGCAUUGGUUAGAGAAUACAGAUGUACUGGAAAUGAUUGUGGAUAAAUUUAGCUCAUCAGACUCUCCUGAAGUGCAUGCAAAUGCUGCUGAAAUCCUUUCUGCCGUAACUCGAUGCGCUCCUCCUGCUCUUGCUGCGAAAAUAUGCAGCCCAAGUUUUGUUGGUAGGUUGUUUCGUCACGCUCUUGAGGAGUCAAGACCAAAAUCUGUUCUGGUUCAUUCAUUGUCAGUGUGUAUAUCUUUGUUGGACCCCAAAAGACUAGCAUCAGCCUCAUACCAAGCAUUUAGAAGCAACUUAACUCACGGGACGCUGGUCACAGCCAGUCCAGAAACAGUUGAUGGUAUGCUGGAGAGUUUAUGUGACUUGUUGAAGUUACUGGACAUUACUUCUUCUGAAAAUGUUUUGCCUACAACUUAUGGAUGUUUGCAUCCACCUCUUGGAAAACACCGUUUGAAGAUUGUAGAGUUCAUCUCUGUUUUGCUAACAAUUGGUAGCGAAGUUGCUGAGAAGGAGCUAAUAAACCAAUCAGUGAUAAAGCAUUGCAUUGAUUUAUUUUUUCUGUACCCUUAUAAUAACUUUUUGCAUCAUCAUGUUGAGAACAUUAUUGUUUCUUGCCUUGAGGUUAAAAGAAAUCAAUUGACUGACCAUAUCCUUAAUGACUGUGGCCUUGUCGUUAAAGUCCUUGCUGCUGAAAAAAGUCCAUCUCUGCCAGUGGAUUCUAAUGGGCCAACGUUACCGUCAGAAGGGAAACAACCUCCAAGAAUUGGGAAUAUUGGACACAUAACUCGAAUAGCGAAUAAGCUCAUUCAAUUGGGAAAUAGUAACAGCAUGAUCCAGAGUCACUUGCAGGAGAACAGCGAGUGGGCUGUAUGGCAAACAGAUGUCCUGGUCAAACGCAAUGAGGUGGAGAACGUUUACCAUUGGGCAUGUGGCCGUCCAACUUCUCUACAUGAUCGUGGGAGGGAUAGCGACGACGACGACUUCCGAGACAGAGACUAUGAUGUGGCAGCACUUGCUAAUAAUCUGAGCCAGGCAUUUCGAUAUGGGAUAUACAGCAAUGAUGACAUUGAAGAGGCACAAGGAUCCCACGAACGAGAUGAUGAGGAUGUCUACUUUGAUGACGAGUCGGCUGAAGUAGUAAUAUCUUCAUUGCGUUUGGGGGAUGAUCAGGACAGCAGUUCCCUCUUCACGAAUUCAAACUGGUUUACGUUUGAUGGAGAUAGAGGAAUCAAUGAUCGCCUAGCUGCCUCUGUUCCUUCAUCAUCCCCCAAUUCUGAAGAGAUUUCCUUGAACACGGAGGAAACUGAUGAAGUGCUAACUGGUGAAACCACUGGCACUGAGUCACUGCUGGAAAGUGCAUCCCUUGAAAAUGGUCCUGUUGAGGAGGCCAAGGAGCUAGCAGAAGUUGCUAACGACAGUGAUGCUACCACGGUUAGUGAGAAAAUUUUGUGUACAGAAGAGCAUAGCGCCUCCCAUGAGCCUGAAACCUCUGAGCGGCCUGUGGAUGCUCAAGAGGGCCAGACUGGAGGUGUGGCUGAAGCAACGAGCACAGAGGGAGCAACGAAUGAACCUUUCAGCUCUUCUGAGCCUGGCAACUUGCCAGAAUCUGGUGACACCGAUUGUCACACUGCCAACUCAUCUGAGCCUAAUGAGAUUGCCCAUGAAUCAGGAUCACCUGCGGAGGUUGAUGAUGAAAAGAAAUCUGAGAUUGCCACAACAAAUGAAUGAAGCGUAUGGGCUGGAAUGGUACCACAAACCAAGGCAGGAUCGCCGACCUAAUUCGUUUUGCAUCGCAUGCUCAGGGACCACGGACUACCAUUCAGAAGCAGGGGCGCCCUACAAUUUUAGUGGCACUGCUUUGCUAUGAGCAGUCGAUUGUUACUGCUUGGAUGAGCAUACUCGUGCAGCUGGGCACGCUCUGUUAUGAUCUCAGCUCAUCACCAUCCCACAUGAACUUAUUACACCGUAUUAGUUGGUGGUUGAUGCACAGGGCGUUUAAUUCAUUUGGUACUUCCUGAUUUUGGCUCAGGGUUUUUUUUUUCUUUUGCUAGGGUACUCGAACUGUAAUAUCUGCAGUUGAGUUUUUCCCUCAAUUCUUAUAUUACUGUUCCUUUCUGAUUAUAGCUGCCUCUGUAAUUGUUAUUUGUUCAAGUGCAAAAUCUGCCUCUUUGUUUCUUUAAA